AUGUUUUCCAAAGGUUUGAUGCAGAAACAAGCUCUCAGAACGCUUCACCAGACAGGUAAGAAGUCGUUGACGAUCCCAUUUUUGUCAACUUUGCCCCAGAACCCUGGUGGCGUGAAGGGUGACGUGAAUGAGGCGUACCGCCCCCCAGCUCCCGACAGAAUCCACGGAUCCUUGCACUGGGACUUCCAACGUAUCACUUCGGUCGCUUUGCUUCCUCUUGUAGGCAGCAGUCUGGCUGCUGGUGGAGACAUCAGCGUGGUGGCCGAUUCGGUGUUGGCCACCGUGCUGCUUGGCCACAUCUAUGUGGGCUACCAGUCGUGUAUCGUCGACUACAUUCCUAGCAGAGUGUACGGGAAAAACCACACUUAUGCCAUGUACUUGCUUACUUUGGGGUCUCUUUUUGCCGGUGUGGGUAUCUACAAGCUAGAGACUGAAGAAAAUGGACUUACCGGCGUGGUCAAGAAGCUGUGGUCUGCGAAAAGCACCUCCGAGGGAAAACAGUAA